AUGUGGACAAAUCAUCAUUAUACAAUUAUUAUGAUUAUGGAGCAAAAGAAGAAAAAUAACAAUAUGCAAUUAUUGAAACGAUAUCAUUUUAAUGAUUGCAUUCGUCAACAAGUAUUUAAACAUACAAUGUCACAGAAGAAAAAUAAUACAUAUGGUAUAUUAUUAUUACUUGAAGAUUGGUCUAUUAUAUUUUUAUCAAUAUUUUGUUCAAAAUAUGUUUACAAUAAUAAAUUUGAUUCAUAUUUUAUUUUAACUAUAAUUAUUUAUUUAAUAACAGUUUGUAUAAUUGGUGCUCGACAACGUGGUCUUGCUGAUUGUUUACAUGCAGCAGCACACAAUUGUUUUGCAUCGAAUAAAUAUUUAAAUUUUUUUCUUGGAACAUUUUCUUCAGGUUAUUUAAUAUUUCAAAGUUUUUAUGGUUAUCAAAUAUCACAUGUUCGAAAUCAUCAUCCAUUUCUUGGCACAAACAGAGAUCCAGACUAUAUUAGUUUAAAAGAAAAUGGUAUUUAUGGUGAACAACGAACAAAUUCAAAUAUUAAAAAAUAUUUGAUAAAUUUAUUUACACCUAAAUCAUCAUGGAAUUAUUUAUUGUAUUUAAUCAAAUAUAGAAUUUUCACCAAAGAUGAUAAUAUGUAUGAAACAUUUAUUCGAAUGAUUUAUCUAACUGGAUUGUUAACAUUUUUCUUCUAUACUCAUAAUAUAACAAAUUUAUUAAUGUUUUGGUUUAUUCCAUAUCUAACGUCGCAUAUGUGGAUAGGUUCAUUUAUUGAAUUACUUGAACAUUAUCCAAUGAUCGAAACAGCACCACGUAUUGACAUUUACAUGUCACGAAAUACAAUUUCUGGCAAAUUAUGGGAUUUCUUUUUUGGUGUACAUAAUGAAAAUUAUCAUUUGGUACAUCAUUUAUUUCCAAAAGUGCCUCAAUGGGAAUUACAUUCUGUUCAUCUAAUUUUAAUGCAAGAUCCAGUUUAUGCAAAUUUGCAUCAAAACCCGGGCUGGAGAAAUUUGUUGAAAGAUGUAUUGGAAGUAGAUGAUCGAAGUUCAAUGAACUUGUAA